UGGGAGAACGGAACUAAAAAUCACGGCGGGAACAUUGCGCCAGGUCUGUUUGUGUGCUAAUCAGAAAAGUUAAACAGGGAUUCGGUGUUAUACGACAAAGAGACCUGAAUGAAAUUGUACUCAUGACUAUGAAAAUAUGUCGGAGAAGACAAUUAAGGUGUCUAAAUGGUUGAGUAAUCUUUUUGGAAACAAACCAGUUCCAGUAUAUGAAGUAAAUACCCGGACCACAGACAUUUUGUAUGAGCUAGCAGAGUGCAGUGAAUCCAGAUGUGGGGAUAUAUCUCUGCUAAUUGAGGAUCUCAAGCAGAAAUCAACGGAAUAUAAUGUGGAAGGUAGUUACAACCAGGAGUUGCUGUUGGAGGCUGUUGGUUUAUCUUCUAAUGUACUGUCUAAGACAGCCCUCGGCUGUCUGAAUGCUUUAGAAGGAACUACAGUGGCACUCAGUGCCAAGGAUACUUCUCUGUGCAGUCUUAUGGCUGCAAUGGAUGACCUGACAAAUGAAGUUUGUGCAGCAGAAAGGAAUAACCAAGAACUGGAUCAACAGCUAACUCUCCUGAAGAAACAGAUGACUACUGCUUUGGUACUGCACCGAAGUUUACAGGAAGACCUUGGCAAGACUGAAGAUGCUCAGGCCGUUGAAAUGGCAAAAGCAGAAAAUAGGCUGCAGAACAUGGACUUUUUAAAAGCCAAAUCAACUGAUUUAAUCCAUAGAAUACGGUCUUGUGAGAAGAAGUUAAACACAAGUGGCAUGGACAAUUCCUUGUCACAUCAGGCACUACUAAAUUUGUCUGAGAAAUUGACCACGUUGAAGCAAGAGAAUACAUCUCUGAAAAAAAAGUUGGACUCCUAUAUGGAUUUAACUCCGAAUCCUUCGCUUGCACAAGUGAAAAUUGAAGAGGCAAAGAGAGAAUUGGCUUCAAUUGAUGCUGAUCUUACAAUGAAGGUGGAUAUGAUGGAAAUGUUUUUACCUGAGCAGCACAAGAGGAGCAUGUUUUAAAGAUUUUUAUUAGACAUCUAAAUUUAGUGACUUUAUAAAUAAGGUCAGAUGAGAAGCCAUUACAGUCGCUCAAAAGUCAGUAGUAACAAAUAUUUUGAUUUAAUAUUUAUAAUUCAUUGUAAGAAUAUGUAUGUUGUAUAUUCUGGUUCAUAUAAUACAGUACUUCAUUUUUAAUUUUGUCCAUAGUCAUUUGAAGAUGCUGUUUAUUGGGCUGGGUAUUAAAUAUCAGAUACAAAUUUCAUUUUUUUCCCCAAGUUUAUUUCAUUAUACCUCAAAAUCUUUGUAAUGUCAUCUCCAUAUUGCACUGUUUUAUAAUUGGCCCAAUAAGCAUCUUCAUUAGUUUCACAUGUUUGCACUCUUUCACCAUUAAAAUACGUAAUUUGGCCAAUCAAGGGGUUCAUCAUUAGUUGACAAGCUUAAAGCUCCUCAAUCCCAAAUACUUUUAUGUUUUGUUAAUUGGAAACUGGCAUCAUAGUGCUAGUAGUGUAACUGAAGAAAAUAUAAAACUGGUUUGGGACCACCAUUAAAUAUAUAAAAAAAGAAGGAAAUAUUAAUUUCAAAUUAUGGAUCAUUAUUAAAGUCCCUUAGAUGGAUAUAUUGACAGUAAUAUGUGUGAUUAUGUAUGGACUUUAAUAAACAAAAUUGAGAACUUAAGUUGGAAUAUUCCAUAAAUUAAUAAAUUACAGUAACAUAUUUCUACUGCAUCUUCACUCCUAUAAGUACACUUCAAAAUAUUGUUUUUGUGAUAGAUAGCAUUAGGCACUUGCUUUGAAAUUUUCAAUUUUUUGACGAUAAGAGUGAAAUGCUCUUAAAAAUAAAACUAGCUGAGUGAUUAAUAUUUUGAAGAAUGAAAAAAAACUUUAUCAGAAAGAUGGCCAUUUUGAACAUUUGACAUGGCAGCAACACUCUUUUUAAUACACUGAAUGAUUGUUUUUUCUUCCAUACAUUACUGCAGGAUUGAUAUAUGCAAAUACUCCACUAAAAGUGCUCACAUCUUUGAAAGAUGCCUUAUUGUAACAAUGUUGUGGCAUGUUGUCAACAGAUAAUUUUGUUUAUUGGAAUUACAUGAAUUUAGAGAUCGUAUUCUGCAGUUUAUGGGCACAUCUCAUACGUAAUGGGUUCAACAUGAACAUAUGCUAUGUGGUAACAUGCUUGAGUUCUUACUGUGUAUUUCUUUUGUUUCCUUAUUAGUGAAGCAAAAAAAAUUGAGGUAUGCAAGCUACAUUUGAUAUGUUGGCAAAAAUAUAAAAUAAUCAAGUGUCAUAUAUGCUUAAUUUUUAAUUGUACAGUAUAUGCUAUGUUAUUUUGCACUGUCAGUAUUAGAAUUAUUUUUAGCUUUGGAGGUUUUAAUAACUAAUGAAAUUCUGAAUUAAAUUAAAAUUAGUAAUACCAUGUAUGUUGUAGCACUAAAAUUAUGAAUUUGUUACAUGUAUUCAUUCAGUGAAUUUAUUCAUGCAUGUUUAAACCAU